GUCACGGCGACGGCGUGCAUUACUGUGUUUAUGGAAGUUGACGGUUUGGAAACAGACUCUAAACUAACAUAAACCUGAAAGGGCGGUUGCACGUAGCCUUAUUCGAUAUGAGAUCAUAGAAAGUGAAUUAAAAGGUGCUUCAAUAUCGUAUACUUUUUCUUUGAUGAUCCAUGUUGAUAAGGUGAAUGGGAGUUGAAACACUUGCCCUCCCUUCCGUUGGACAACAACAGCAUUGCGCAGUGGAAAUAUCACAAUUAGCAGUUUAAAUGUUGAUAUUUCCACUUUUCCACCAUGCGCAAGUUAGAUUAGAAUAGACAGUAUUAUAAAUGAAUGAUAACUGCCAAAAUUAGAAAGGCAAUUUAAUUGUACAAGAAUUAGUGGAUGAAGAUGUUAAAAAUUGGUUAACACAUGGUUCAAUGUUCAAUGUGCUACUAGGCAAGGUAAAGUAACAGUAUUCUUCUCCCCAAUGCUCUAGUAAGUGUGCAUUUGCGGUUUAUGAAUUUCGAAGGCUUAUUCUUAAAUCAAGCAUUUUACAAGAACUAGAGGCUAAUUGGAUCAAGAUGCUGUUUAGACAGUUUCCUGUCAAGAAUAUUUCCUUUUCGUUUCAAUACUUUUUGAUAGAUUUGUCAGUUUUUUGGUAAGGUGUGAAAUUGAAAUAAUGAAGUAAAAGAAUAUUGGAGAUUUAUAAAUAGGAGUGUAAUUUAUUUCAUCAGAAACAGAUUGAGGAAAGUUGCUCUAAGAAGUUGUUAAACGUUCGAAAUUUUAGAAGAAUAGCAUUGUCAUUAGCAGCAUGGUCCGAUUAUUCGUCCGAUUAACGUAAAAUUAAUACAAAAGUUGGGGGGUAGACAAUUAAAAAUUCCGUUUUAUGGUAUCCAAGUUGUUAAUAUAAUUACAGAGCAGCCGCAUAUUUAUUUUGAAUUCCUAAGGAAUCACACAUUGGGAAACAUCUUUAAUUACCCAAUCCAUCUGAAUCUAGUUCUUUCUUGUUUUAAUUUUUUUUUCUGUUGUUCGAUCUAUAGCUCGAUUAGGUUUGAAAUUAAAAUAAGGAUGUAGAAGAUAAAAGGUAUGAUUUUGAUAAACAAGAACCUUCUCGUCCAAGAAAAUAAUAUCGGGGUUUUAAAAAUUGACAUUUAUUUUAACCAAACCAAAGAUCAAGGAAGGUUGUUUUGAAAAGUUGUUCCAAAUUAGCAAUUAGGUUUCAGAAGAAUAGAAUCGACAUUUGCAUUAUGGUUUAUAUCCUGUUGUUUUGAUAAGUCAAUGGUAGUACAAAAUAUAUUGAUCAUGCAAUUCAUAAUUGGAUCUCUAUUUUAUUUUUUAAUUUUCCAAAAAUUUGGUACAAUUAAUAUUUGUGUUUAGCGAAAUUCUAUAAUUGCAGCAUUGAGAGACAGAUUCUUAUCAAAAUGUUUUGUUCUGAAUACGGGAAAUAUGUUUAAUUAGUCAAUCUAUAUUCAUCUCGAAUAAAAACGAUCAUAAAUUCAAAGUUAUUGAAUCGAGUAAGGUUAGGUGACAGGUAGGGAUAACUCAACUACGGUAAGAUAGUGAACCCUUCUUUCAAUGAUAUCGAGACGUUAGCAUAUGAUAACUUUUGUUACCAUACUGUUACUGCUCGGUUGAAUUGGAGGUUGGGUUAACUCGAAGCUCAUGUAGGGCCCAAUUGUCCCAGUCCGUCGAGCACUAUCUUAACGCUUCCCUAAACUGGUGCUUCAGAACCCUCGGGCUCUGUUGCCGCUAUCCUACUCUAAGCUAUUCUACUCUCAUGUAAAUUUUCCUCUUCUGUCCCCCGAUCUGUUUUUCCUUUCCGGGUCAGCCAGGUAGCUCAUAAACCCAUACAAAAAAAAAAAAAAAAAAAAUUACAGAGUUUGUUGCAACUUACCCCUUUUUCUUAGUUGGGCAAAAAUCGCAUGUUUUUGAAAAUUUAAAAAUAACUGGUAAACCCAAGAAUUUUUCUGACUUCGUCAAUUGAGUGUCCCAUCAACCUUAAAACUUUUGAUGUACAAGAGGUAUGAUUAUCUGUAAGCAUUAAAAUUUUAGAAGCCAUUGAAGUUGAAAAUUGUUGCAUGUUGCCCCAGUUGACGGUACGCACUGCAACAUGAUCUACACAUUGUUUCUCAAUUUUCAACAUCAUAAAAUUUUUGAUUUUUCACUUGAAUCAAUUUUAAAACGCUUUUUUACUUUAAUUUGUUCACUAAAGGCGAACAGAGCACUAUCAAUGAAGGCAUAAUGAGCAUUUUCUGCUGUAUAAUCUAGCAGUUUAAGUAGUUUAAGAAGGUGUUGCUUCAUAAUCGCCCAGUACUUCUCGAUGGGGCGAAGCUCCGGAGUGAUGGGAGUGUUGAACAUUAUCGGCACGAAAUUGACCUUAUUGUCCGCAAACCACUUCAGCACGUCUUUGGAGUAGUGGCAGGGGCCUUCAGGAGAGGAAGCAGCCGCUUAUGGAGGCACUCUUUCAUGUACACCUGUCCGUUCAUCAUGUCCUGGGUCACGAAAGGUGCACUCCGUUUCCCGCACGUGCAAAUUUGGACAUCUUCUAAGUGCGGAUAUGCUCCGGAACGCUGAACUUAUCCUUGGCCGUGAAAACAGGUGGCCGGGGAUCUGUUUGAAGUCGGCCUUCACAUAUGUUUCGUCGUCCACGAUGCAGCAUUCAACUUUCGUCAGCAUGUUGAGGUACAACUUUCUGGGACGGGUUUUGUCGGACAUGUUCUGCUUCUCGUCGCGAUUAGAGGCCUUUUGUACCUUGAACGUUCGCAGCCCAGCCUUAUUUUUGGCCUUCUGGACAAAACUUCGGCUUAGGUGCAGCUUCUUAGCCACAUCCCGAACGGAGGCGUUCGGGUUUCGGUUGAAGGCCCCAACUACGCGGUUAUGGUUUUUGGUGUUGUACGGAAUACUUUUUCCUUCUCUUCUGGGCUUCCGAUCGGUGGUCAAUCGUUCCUCGAACCGCUUAAUCACUCGCGACACAGUGGAAUUCGCGAUUCCCAACGUUUUAGCAAUGGAACGAUGCGAGAGAUCCUUGUUCUCGUGACGAAUGCGCAAGAUUUUAUCACGCACGAGCUGUUCUUCUGACUUCAUUUCCGCGAGUUUUGAUCACAGGACUUAAAACUUGCAAGAUGUAAACAAUGCACUAUGAACUAAAUCCACCCAAAGUUUAAUUAAAUUCUACCCAACGGUUUAAAAGCUAGAGCAAUUUCAUAGUGUGGCAAUUUAAUCGUGGACACCCUUUAUUGACUCAGGCUUUCUGAUUCCAUACUGAUAGAAAAUGGAUAAAUCUAUAUGAAUUCAUUAACUUCAACUAUUAUAUUUCCUUCCUAUUUACUAUGAAGUUUUUGCAUAGUUUUGUUUGUCAAUCUAAACUUGAAAAUCGACCCUUCCCAGAUUUGAUGAAGACAAAUUUUACUAGGCAAUCGUAUUUUUAUUUUCAAUCGCAUUUCAAAACGAGACUCGUGUUUGUAUUUUUUGCGAUUUCCAUGUGAUUGUGUUGUCUUGUUGAUGUUGAUGUUGGUGCAACACGUUUCGAUUUCGUUUACAUAUAGUACUUUGCUGUGCCAUGCCCUCCCCGGCUAGCAUCGCGUUUGCCUUCGGUUUGCUUGGAGCAGUUUUUUUUGUCCGCUUGCGUUCUCCCACAUCAACGGACGGCAGGCAGCAAUAAUCAACAAAUUACGUCGACGUCUCACGACGAACAUCGUUUCUAGGUGCUCGCUUGCUCGUUCAGGCAGUAAGUCAGUCAGUCAGCCGAUCUGCCGAACAACGGUGUGUAGUUCGAGUCGAAACUUGGAUGUGUACGAUACAUACGUUCUAGAGUUAUUGGGGAGAAUGAACAGUUUAGAACAGCUGACUCCUUCACUCCGCCGUACGGUUUAAUAUCUGGACUCUUUCGAUACUAAGUUCGGUGCGGAAUUGUAGGUCGAGAUAACUUGUCGUGAUAGUCGAGUUACACGUGGACGAUCUUGAAAACAAUUAACGGUUUUGCUCAGUGCGAUCUACGAUCUCUCCGGGAGGGUUGAGUCUAGUUCAAUUGAGGUGGCAGUUGUGAAGAAUUAAUAAUUGUGCCUGUGAGUGAGUUAUGUUUACAAUUUGUGAUUUCAAGCGACACCAGCUUUGGCUGGAAACCGAAUUCGACAGGACACUCUCUAACAUCGACAAUAGCCUUCGGAUAAUAGUUUUCUGAUAGUCAACUGCGAAUUGGACGCUGCCUGGAGGAGCUUGAAGGGGUGACCUUUAAGGUGACAAUGAUGCCAUGAGAGUGCUGGCAUUUCGUGGUGGUGUGCUGCAAAGAAGUGCACAGCUGGACUGAAAGAGAGCACUGAAUCAUAUGUAUAUGAGCGAAGGCAAAGGCAGCAGCGACGGUGGCCCAGUCAAUGCCAAACAGCAUUUUCGACAGUGUUCGAAAGGUGUUUCAACUCGUUUUACGAUAAAGCACACGUAUUUUUAUUCAAUUAACAGAUAUCACAGGGCCAGAGAAUGGGAAAUAGUUCAUGGCGAUCCUGCCCGGUUUUUAUUACUUGGUGACACGCGACGUUCGGAAAAGUAAAACUAGUUAAAAGUGCAAGUGUCAAAAAUAUUCCCUUAAAAAGUACAAAAACUUAACUAGCACUUUACAAUGGGAUGGUUCAGCGCGGACGAAAUCGUCGCGCCGGUGACGAACAGUGCGUGCGAGCAAAAUCAAGUAGCCCAAACAGUGGCACUGUGUGCGAUUGCGGCAGCCGCUAUCGGAUAUAUUUCAGUUAAGGUGAUAAUAAAACUGCACCGCCAACAAACGGAACGAGUAGCCACUCGUGCGAUCCAAAUGAACAACUUAUCGGCAACACCUUAAAAAGUAAAAAAAAAAAAAAAAAAAAAAUGUUAACGGGGAAAAGAAGUGUGCUAAUCUAGUGAGUCAGAAACAAAAGACAAUCAAUGAACAAUGAGUACAACAACAAACUACGAACAGAACGAAAUUCUGAUUAAAAUAUGCAAGCAACAACUGGAAGCGAUAAGGGAACAACUAAUGCUACGGCUGAAGGAAGAUCCGUUCACAGCCCAAGACAGACUCUCGAGCUGAUAAAUACAUCGGGAAUCUUACAGACGAUAGUAUGAAUACUUCUUCCACUGAGCAAACGGGAUUAUUGUUGACAAUGCCGUCGGGGACGUUGGAAACGCACCUGAGAAUUGGAACCGGAUCUAGAUAAGUAUCUAUAGGUUUAAUUUAAAAAAAAAAAAAAAUUAAAAUAAUGUUUUUAAUGUAUAGAGUAGUCAAAAAGCUAAAAUAAUAUUUCGACUUUUAGGAACAAACAACAAACAGAAAAACAAAACAUGGAAAACCAAAACAACCAACAGAGGAAGAGAACAAAUGAAGAGAAAUGAAAGACAGAAAAAAAAAAAAUAAUAAUCGUAAGUAGAAACUGUAUUUUUUAGAAAUAGUGCUUCUUCCCUACUCAGGGAAUGGAUAGAUUUUUAGAAGCGGGAGAUUUACUUAACCAGCUUCUGAUAAACCUCACAAAGAAUAAUAAGUUAAGCAAAAAGACAAGGAAUCUUAAAAUCUUACAGAUUAAAGAUACCUUGUCUGAUGCAAAAAACUUUGUUAUAAAGCAAAGAGGAAAAGAAAACGAACAAAAUAUAAAUAAAAGAUAUGUACAUUUGAAAAAUGUUGCCAGAAGUUGUUUGGCAAUAUUAAAAUCAGAUAAUUUAGAAAAAACAGAACUAGAAGUAGUCCUACUAGAAAAAGUUACCAAAGGUUCUGAAGGACCAGGUAUUUCUAAAAGCACUAGACCCGAAGGAGAACAGGAAACCGACGACGAAGAAGACGACACUGGAGAAGACGAAGAAGAAUCCGAGAUAGAGUCUGAUUCAGAAGAAGAAGAACCAAACGACAAAAUGCCACCAAAGCUAGACUUAAACAUAGCUUUAAAGGUAGUAAAAUCUUUCGAUGGUUCCGCAGUUAACCUGCAGAGCUACAUCGAAAGUAUAGAACUUUUAAAAGACUAUGCGGAAGGAGUACCUCCCGCAGAGCUGAUAAAAUUUCUGAAAAUUACAUUGACCGGAACUGCCCGUGGGGCAUUCGACAGUGUUGCAACCGUCGAUGCCGCCAUUGAGGCAUUGAAACAAAAAUUCGGAGUCAAGCUCACUCCGAAGGCGGUGGAAAGUGAGAUGCUUUCCAAACGCCAAAGCAACAAGACACUAACUGAUUUCGGAGACGAAAUCACAAAAUUAUCGUCCAAAUUGGCCGCUGCUUACGUUUCGCAAGGAACGUUUGCCAGCGAGUCAGCCGCCAGCAACCUGGUAGAAACGGUUGCUGUGCGCGCAUUUGUUGAUGGGCUUAAAGAUCCAUCAGUAAAAUUUUUAUUAAGAGCACGAAACCCGACAACUUUAAACAAAGCGGUUUCAGAUGCUCUGGAGUGUCAAGCAACACCCCAUCAGGAAAACUGUGUUGACACUCUAAUGGCACUCUGGUGCACAACCGGAAAACCGUCAUAUAGAGGCAAUGGACAAAAUCAAUGGAGAGACAGAGGCCACCCUAGAGGACAUGGUUCCUACAGAGGGAAUAAUGGAUACCGUGGAAGAGGUAACCAUUAUACCAACUACAACCGUGGUUACAACAAUAACAACUAUGGUAAUAACCAUAGCAACCAAAACCAAAGAGGGAAUAAUCGAAGAGGUCGAAACGGUCCACACAUGGCAAACAUUGCCGAAGGACAACAACAACAAAUUCAACAACAACAACCACAACCCCAAAGACAAGAACGAGAAAGGGAAGAAGCCAAUCUAAUUGAUCUUUUUCGCUAAUUUUAAUGCGAAAAAGGCUCUCAGAAUAAAAUUUUUAUUAUUUGGUAAGGAAGUAGAACUAAUAAUUGACAGUGGAGCAUCUUGUUGUAUUUUGGACAAAAGAUGUCUCCCUGAAAUUUUCAAUAUAAAUAAUUCACAAACAUUGGAAAUAAGUGGUGUAAACGGAGUUACCAGCACGCUGGGAUACGUUGAAACUUUUGUAGGAUACAAUUCUGUAGAAUAUCCCAUUAAGUUUAAUAUAAUAGAGAGUUUACCGGAUACAGUUAAUGGUUUAAUUGGUACAAAUUUCCUUAAGGAGUUCGGAGCAAACAUUGAUUUCGCAAGAAUGAAGAUGGAACUCAAAAACCCAAAUCACGAGUAUUUUACAAUACCGGCUAGAACGGAAAUUGUUAGAUACAUCGAAACUAAUUUUUUUGAAACGUGUGUUGUAUUGAAUGAGGAAAUACAACCACAAGUAUUUGUUGCAAAUGCUAUUGUACAACCGUCAAACGGAAAAAUACCCAUCCGAAUGGUCAAUGUUAAAAACAAACCAGUUCGAAUUUCAAAUCUGAAACCAACAAUCAAGCCAGCCAGUGAGUAUUUGAUACUAGCGAUGGAUUAUAAGAAUGAUAAGUCAGACAGAAUCCAACAGCUUUUCAAAGAAUUGGAUUUGAGUCUUUUGCCAAAAACAGAGAAACAGCAUAUGGAACAAAUUUGCACAAAAUAUGCUGAUAUAUUUUGUCUUGAAAACGACAAUCUGACUGUAACAGAUAUCUACAGUCCAGUGGUUAAAAUAAAUAAAGAAGCCCAGCCAAUUUAUAGUAAACCCUAUAAAUUGCCGCAAAUGCAAAAGUCGGAAGUAGAAAAGCAAAUUCAAAAGAUGGUAAAGAACCAAAUUAUUGAGAAAGCCACUUCCGCAUGGAAUAGUCCAAUAUUGCUAGUGCCCAAAAAAUCUUCAAAUGACAAGAAAAAGUGGAGACUUGUUAUAGAUUACAGGAAGCUAAAUACGGUAAUUGAGGAUGAUAAAUUCCCUUUGCCUAAUAUU